CAGCCCUCAGCUGGAGGCACUGAGGAAGCACCUGAGCACAUCGAGUGUCUGCAGAGAGCACAACUUUCCUCUGCUGGUGAGAGCCCAGGGAGAAGGAGGAGGGUCUUCUAAGUGUCAGUGACAGCAGGGCACGUCACCAGCUUCUCACAGAGCCGCAGGAAGUAUAAAAGGCAGAGCUUCCCAAAGAGGGUCUCUGGCAGGAGCUGCUGCACGCCGAGGCUGUGCUGGGACGUACGAUGCUCUCACUAACCUUGUGACUUCGUUUCUGUUUGAAACAAGACCAUGGACAGUGGUAAACAGUUAAAGGUCACCCUUGUUUUCAGCCUUCCUCUAGUUUUUCAGUUCUGUUCUGGGAACAAUGUCACCGAUGACUACGACUCCAACACCACCAUUGACUACACCAUGUUUGAGACCGUGUGUGAGAAGGAAGAAGUCCGUAACUUCCGUGCUGCCUUCCUCCCAGCCAUGUACUCCCUCAUCUGCUUCACGGGGCUGCUGGGGAACGGGCUGGUCAUGGUCACCUACAUCUACUUCAAGAGGCUGAAGACCAUGACGGACAUCUACCUGCUGAACCUGGCCCUGGCAGACAUCCUCUUCCUGCUCACCCUCCCGUUUUGGGCCACAAGUGCAGCCACGUACUGGUGUUUUGGGGAAUCUGCCUGCAAAGCAGUCUAUUGCAUCUGCAAAAUGAGUUUCUUCAGCGGGAUGCUGCUCCUCCUGUCCAUCAGCAUCGACAGGUACUUUGCCAUUGUUCAGGCUGCCUCAGCACACCGCUUCCGUCCCCAGAUGAUAUUCAUUAGCAAGAUCACGUGCGUUGUCAUCUGGCUCCUGGCCUUCAUACUCUCAAUCCCCGAGCUUGUUCACAGCGGUGUGAAUAACCCAGACAACCAUCCCCGCUGCUCCAUCAUUGCUAACGACCUGCAGACUUUCAACACUGGCAUCAAAGUAUCCCAAAUGGUCUUUGGCUUCUUAUUUCCCCUGGCGGUCAUGUCUGUCUGCUACCUCAUCAUUAUCAAAACAUUACUCCAGGCCCGCAACUUUGAGAAGAACAAAGCCAUCAAGGUGAUCAUUGCCGUGGUCAUCGUCUUCAUCGUCUUCCAGCUGCCCUACAACGGCGUCAUGCUGGCCAAGACCAUCUCAGCCUUCAACCACACCACCUCAUGUGAGGAGAGCAAGAAGCUCGACAUGGCAGAUGACGUGACCUACACGCUGGCCUGCUUCCGAUGCUGCCUCAAUCCCUUCCUCUAUGCCUUCAUCGGCGUCAAGUUCCGCAACGACCUCUUCAAGCUUCUGAAGGAGCUGGGCUGCCUGAGCCAGAAGCGCCUCUGGCAGCUGUCUGCCUGCCGUGAGAGCAAGAGGUUUUCCUUUGCCAUGGAGACAGAGACAACUACCACCUUCUCCCCAUGAGGAGAGCUCCAGGGAGGCUUUAACCAAGCUGAAGGCUGUCGUGGUUUUGUACACUGCUUCUAUUUUGAAUUACUGGUAGAGGAAGACCUGCCACUACUUUAAGAAAGGCAGCUGUAAGAGGAAAACCAAGGAACCUCCCCGUAUUCCCCUCAGUGAUCAUUGCUAUCCAGUACUCCUGUGGAUGGAGAGACUUUGAUAAAGCUGUGACUAAUAGUAAAGCAAGGGGAAGGGAAACCAGUGAGUUUUGAAUUUAUCAUGCCAUUUCACCUUUAUUUUAGUCUUUCCUAGUCUAAAUCAGAAAUGCUCAAAAUAGAACAUUUUCCUUAAAAGCAACGAAUAGCAAGAGACAGACACAUGCAACAGAACUGCUUGUUUUAGAGAUAAACUUCCAAGAGCACUGUCCGUGCUUUGAACGUUGCAUUUAGUAAGACCAUCUUUUACGCUCCAUAAAUACAAAAAUGAUGCCUGUUGCACUGAUUCAGCACUCGAGACAAAACAGUACCCACGGACUCAGCCUCCAAGCAUAACACAAUAUGCAAUAUAAGCUGUGAAGUGUCCUAGCAUGCAAACCUCAGCCCUGCCUUCCCUAUGAAAAGUGAGAAAUUUGCUUAACUAAUACCCAGUCCGUAUUUGGUAUGAUAUGCCUAAUUUCAAUAGCUAUGCAUACGAUUGUGGCAUCUCAGGUUUGUCAGGAAAAGAACAGCCACUUCGCUUUUGCCUGUAGCAAUGAUAUCUGGUAUUUCACCUACAAGGAAGGUGCAUCCUAAGGAGCACAAGUUAUUACAUCCCAACAUUGACUUGUAUUCUUUAGAAAAGCUGCUUCACUUUAGCAAUAAAGCCUCCUUCACCUUCUGAAAAGACAUCCACCUGCACAAGGGCUGACGCAGGGGUAGCUAGCAAAGUUUAAAUUCAAACUUCUUGCACAAAGACAAUUAACAAGAACCAAAUAACUGGUGCCUCCCCAGCCACCAAGGGUACAAACUUGAACUAAGAAGCAGAUACUUCUGCACCAAUCCAGACAGGUACUCAAAACAUUAUUUUUUACCACCUAGCCAUUCAGCCCAUCCAAAUGUCAUCGUUACUACUGACAUGAUGAGCAAGUCUUUACUCACAUGGUUGAUAUUAAAGCACGUGUUUUGGCAGACUGGUGCAGGAAUGCUCAGCAUUUUACAGAUUCUAGCCCAGGACAAGUUUGUAUCUGUUUCUUAAGGCAAGACUUAAAUUCAGGGUACAGUUGUGCCCAUGGUCCAACCACUGCUAUUUGCCAGUAUCUGAAGCUCACUUCUAUCUAGCUUUAUCAGCUCCUGUGUACGCAGUCUGCUGAUUUUCACAUACGUGUGGGGGCUUUCUGUGCUGUUGCUUGCUGACCUCAAGAGAUAAAAAACACAAAUGUGGGUUUUCUUCUCCCUUCCCAACCAGUGUGUCUUUCUAGAAGGACUUUUGCAGCUGUCUUUUUAUAAGUCAGAUACGUAUUUCACUUAUAAGCUACUGAAAAUGUGUUUUGCAUUCAUACUGUCACUUCUAAUAAAGAAGCCAUUCACUGCAGUUUGAUUUAAUGCAAAGGACGGUCACAGCGUUGAAGAUUACUGCCAGGGUCAUGUACUUGAAAGGAACAUGGCAGCUGAACAACAGAUUAUUGUCAUGUAAAACAAGACCUUGAAAAGAAACCCUGAAUGUCACGCCAGUCGAUGCAUUUACUAGAAGAAUGAAGAUUCCUACCAACAGACUAAUGCCCUGGGAACUGCUGUUACAGGACAUCUGAAUGUCAACUGGGGAGGAGUUGCUGCAAUUGUUUGUGCAUCUGUUAUUGACUAGCACGCUCUAAUCCCCAUGGCACACAGCUCUCCCCAGAGCCAGACAUCAGUGGCAAAAGGUCUUGGCCAUGAACUGCUCUUGGUACUGGGCAGGAACCUAACUCAGUGGACAUACCAUGCUCACCUUCCAGAGCAAACAGUUCUGAUUUGGGGAACCUGUAAGGCACAUUCCAGCGGACAUACAGAGCCAUGCAGAGCAAAAUACAUGCCUGCUAAACAGACACACUUCUUUCAGUGCAACUCAUGGAACCAUUAGGAGACAUGCAGGGAACUUUCUGGAUCAUAGGUCAAAAACCAGAGAUUUUGUUCUAGAGAAACAAGAACAAAAAUCAGCCUUCAAAGAGAGAAUCCAAUUAGCUGGUUUUGAGAUAAUGCUGCCACUUAUAUGGCUGUCUGCCAAUCAUUAAAUAAAUUCUCCUUCCUAAACCCUUUGGCUCAGGGGUGUGGGAUUUUGCCAUGAGCUCAGAUUCAUUCUGCUCUGAGUUACCUAUGUUGAGUGACAAUCCCAUCCAGUUGUUUCAAGCAUUUUCUUUUAUAAUGGCCAUGUAAUACAUAUGGUAAGUGCUGCUUCUCUGUCACAUAAAAGGGGAGGGUUAAGACUGACACACUGAAUAGUCAUUUGUUCUUGUUUUUCCCCUAUGGUCCUUGCACAGACAAGGCGCUUGGCUAAUAAGAAAUUUACCAGAGUAAGGAAUACCUAUAAUACAGAGUCUUUUUAGUUUUCUUCAUCAGUAACAGUAUACUCUUGAUGUGUUCAUACAUGUAAAGCUGCUUUUUAUAAAAAAGUUAAAUAUGUACAUGAAUGUACCCUGAAAAUACACUGCUUUAACUGAACCUUUUUAUAAAUAAUACACUCACCUAAAUUAUUCUAGCAAGGAAAACUGCUCGAACAGAAAAUGCAAUUGUACCCGUCUCCUGUUUAAUAAAAGCCAUUCCCCUUCUA